GACAUGUCAAUGACGUGGAAUCUACUUGGCCACCACAAUUUUUCCACAUCAGCAAAAGUCAACAACAAUUUGACUUUCGUCCGGUCAACUGUUAUAUUUAACAGUCAACGAAAUUGCCAGGAUACAAAUAACACAAAAUUAUAAUAUGAUAGGACACAAAUGGAAUAUUUGAAAGAAUAGGACACAAGUGACAUUUUGGUCAUAGUUUGGGACUUGUAGUAGUAUUAGCCAUAUUUUUAGUUAUAGAGUAUGUUUAUUUUAUGAUUUUACGAGUAUUUCUAACCAUGGCAUGUGACAUUUGAGAGUCCAUAGCUCAAUAUUUGUUUCAUGGUAUUAUUUCAUUGGUGGAUUGCUUCUGGUUAAUAGAAAAUCUAUUAACUCCAAUAUCCCUUAAGAUCAACACCCCUCUCAAAAUAUACGAUUGUCAUCUUACAAAUUAAUACUCAUUAAGAAAGACAAAACACACUUCGAUAGUCAUAACUAUUCACAUUGUGAUAAUAAUAGUCACAUUUUAAAAAAAUACACAGAUACAACCAUUUUUUCAAACUUUCUUGACAACUUUAGCUAUUUCUAGUACAAACUUUAACGUCGUCACAAACGCCGUUAAUAACAUUUGCGUGUCGCUGAGGUCAGUGAGGUGGAUGCCACUUGGACGACAUAUCAUCGCCAACAGAACAUGUUCAUGCAACCUAGAUGCCACAUCAUAUUAAAAGUAAUUUAAAAAAUUAAUUUUACUAAAAUAAAAAUAUUUAGAAAGGAAAAAAUAAUUUUAGUUUUAUUUUCUUUUUCUCUCACUAUUCCUUCGUCCCUCCCCCAAAUCCCUUCCCCACCGCCUACUUGUUUUUCCAAAUCCCCCUCUGCCUACUUUUGCGAGGAGCUGGAAUGGAUACGUCUUCCGCCUUCUUCACCAGAUCCAUAUCCAUGACUCCUCCCUUCAAAGCCCUCUCUUUCCUGGGCAGCAACCUCGCGGGGGCCGUCCCGUUCCAGUUUCACCCCCACACCAACGCCAUCUGGCCUUACCCCAAUCCGGCGAACUCCCUGCGCAGGUCGUCGGCCGAUGAGUCGGGACCAGGAAGAAGAGAGCAGCAACGGCCAUGGGUGAUGAAUUUCUUGGCUGUGCCUUCUUUUCUCUCGGUGUGGGUUGUGGGAGAUGGGAUAAUGCAGUGUGAGGGUCGAUUUGGAGCGAUUUGGAGCUGGAAGGCAUCUGCGGAUCGAUUUGGAGCGAUGACUGAUGUGAGAGAGAGAGAGAGAGAGAGAUAGAGGGAGAAUAUGGCCGCAUGGCCUUUGCGAUCUCCUAUGGGCAAUUAACUCAUCUCCAUUCACAAAAGCCUUCCCUUUUUCUUUCUCUGGUUCCCUAAACUUUCGAUUAAGGGUUUAGUUUCAAUUGAUUGGAAGAGAACACUUUGUUUUAAAAAUUAGGGAUUUUUUUUGUAUUAGAGUUAGAAAUUCCUGAGCAGCGGUUAGAUUCCAAACCAAAAAUGCCUAUCAGAGGAAGCUUGGUGACGACGGUGGGAGGAGGAGAUGAUUCGUUGAUUUUGUUUGUUCUUCUUCUUUCUGCAUGUAGACACCCAAGGAAGCUUGGUGAAGGCGGUGAGAGGAGGCAUCUAGUUGCUUCCAUCUAUGUUUUUUCAUUUUAUUACAAUAUAAGAAAAUAGCCAUUUCCACUUGUAUUGUUUUUUAACUAAAAAUACCACGUCACCAAAAAGGUUAGUCUAGUCAGCAGCUUGGAUAUUUCUGCUAAAGUUAUGGACGGAAUGACUAUUUUAGUGUAAUUGUUUUUUAAAAAUUGGCUAUUAUUGUCACAACGCGAAUAGUUAUGGUUAUGAAAAUGUUUUUUGCCAAAAAAGAAUAACCGACUAUGAUAAAACUGUUCAAAACCGAAUAUGAGAAACUCUAGUGCUUAAAUAAGAACGAUAUGCUGCAAGACAUUACACUUUAGAUCGAAUUAUGUCUACUAGCUUAACGAGAGACAUCACAAACCCUUCACCAUAACAUCUCCUACACCUCUCGUUCCAUUCAUGGAUCAUUACCAUGGUCCAAAUGAGUUUCCUAGUUCUUGUAGUAUCAGUGCUUCAUUUCUAAAAAGAGACUACCCAAGUUAAAGUAGCAUUACAAUCAUAACAUCUAAGGAGAGGAGUGGAAGCAGAAAUACAGAUUUGCAGAACAUAAAGCGUGUAGGGGCAAACGACAAACAAUUGGUCCCGACAUUCCAACCCUAAAAGGCACAACAUACACAUGAUAUCACGAGUCAUUAUCCAAGAAAGUAUAAUGUCUUGUAGUAACACUUAUGUUCGUAAUAAUGAGCAACUCAAAAGACUAUGCUUAGAGAUAAAAAAAACUUACCCCAAACCAAAUGAUACCAAAUAAGUGUUGAUGUACUUUCUAAUCUAGACAACCCAAAAUAGCAACUUCCUGCCAGAACAUCCCACAUGUGUCUAAUGACACAAACCUUGUUCCAUACUCUGAAGUCUUUGACGCAAAGUUUAUCUUUUUCCUUCAAUAUAACCACAUAUUUCCAAGUUACAAGAGUUUUAGAUCGACCAUUGUAAAAGGGAAGCUUGCAUCUAAGUCUCUAAGAACGCACCGUGGAAGAAGAAAAAUAUUCAUUCAGUAUUAAAACAAACUUGGGAUGAAAUGAGUUACAAGCUAGAGCCCCCUUCAUAAUUAAGAAGCUUAAAAUGACAACCCUGAACCCUAGUUGUGAUUUUAUGAACACGCAUUUGACAGUUAGCCUUGGUAAGUUUACUAGAGAUAAGUAUUGGGCGUCGAGCGCGAUACAUAGUCUUCCAAUUUCUUCGAUCCUUGGCUUCAAUUGAGAGGGUUCUGCAGAAACAGAAACCUUGUCGGCAAGAACAAGUGAAAGAACAAAGAAAAAUGUAUGUUUGAUCGGAAUGGAAUAAACACAAGUACUGCUCUGAUGUUUUCUCCUUAACAGAUCAUGUGGGAUUAUUUCAAUGUAAUAGGCCCAAAGUUAUACUUCCCAAAUAAUACGAGAGCCCACUAUCACACACACUCCGUCCAAUAUAACCAAAACUCACCAUAUCAACUACACCUUCCGCAGGCAGCUUAGUUGGUUCUUGAAAUCAAACUUCCCCUGCACUUUCGAGACACAAGAACAAACUAAGAACAGAGCAUGAACUGGAAAUCAAACUGAAUUCACAAAGGAGAACAUAGCACACCAAAAUUUUUACGUGGUUUCCAACGUUGGGAUUUCUCUUAUGGAAAUCCCAGCUUUCCAUAAGAGAAAUGAAUCGUUUGAUUGAUUCCCCUGAUUAUUCUCCCGCUGGUGUGCCGAGCUGGUUGUGAUUUGCUCACGUCUUUGCCGAGCUAUUCUCAACAAUCUCCCCCUCAGCCUUGGCAAAGACCAUACAUGUAGCUAAUCACAAGACAUGCUAGAAACACAGAUUAUAUGAAAGUACACAGAUAGUCUUAUCACACCACAAACACUUAUCCAUCAUUUAAAGAAAAUCAAGAAAAGAGACAAAAACAGUCAAAACCAAACAUCCAAAACAAACAAGACCAACAUUCCUAGUCAACCAACAAAUCAAAUGUUUCAACUCACGCAAGCUGAAAACACUCUCCCCCUCACUCUCGUACGACUACUUAAAAAACACACUCAAGAUCAGAUUCAUAUUCAGAUAUGUACCCAUCUGAAAGAUUUUCACCCACUAAGUCUCCCCCUUAGAAUAAGCUGCCAAUUCUUGUGAGAGGUCUUAUGAUACAUCUCCCCUUUGCAAAGCUUACGGACGCCAACAGAUGCAUGAAGGGUAGAGCUGGAUUUGAUAACUGGUGGGACGAUGAGAAAUGGUAAAGUGGGAUGGAAUGGGAAGGAUGAGGAGCAUGAAGGGUUUCAUAAGCUUGAGCUGUGACUGUAAAGAAGUCACAGUUGUAACUGCACUAGGAAGAGAUAUCAUCAAGAGACACCAUACCUAUUUUCCGACGAAUAUGAGCAAACUGAUCCGCAACUAGAGGUUUUGUAAAGAUAUCCGCCCAUUGGAAAUGUGUAGGAAUAAACUCAAGAUGAAUCU